CCCAAAAAGGCAAAGAAGAAGACAGAAGGGGGAGCUGGCUCCAAUGUGUUCUCCAUGUUUGACCAAUCCCAGAUCCAGGAGUUUAAAGAGGCCUUCACCAUCAUGGAUCAGAACCGGGAUGGCUUCAUUGAUAAGAACGACCUGAGAGACACCUUUGCUGCCCUGGGUCGCCUCAAUGUCAAGAAUGAAGAGUUGGAAGCCAUGGUGAAGGAGGCUCCUGGGCCCAUCAACUUCACCGUCUUCUUGACCAUGUUCGGUGAGAAGCUGAAGGGCACAGAUCCAGAAGAUGCCAUCCUGCAUGCUUUCAAGAUUUUUGAUGUUGAAGGAAAAGGUUUCCUUAAGGCAGACUUCAUCAAAGAAAAGCUCAUGACACAGGCAGACCGAUUCAGUGAGGAGGAGGUCAAACAGAUGUUUACAGCUUUCCCUCCAGAUGUACGUGGCAAUCUCGAUUACAAGAACCUGUGCUAUGUCAUCACCCAUGGCGAUGAGAAAGACUAG